AAAUUCGAAGCAUUCCCAUCCACCGCCGCCGCCCGCCGCAUUCCGAGAGGUUCGAGCUCGCCGGAGAGGGAGGAGAGAUGGCCAGGAAGGGCGGAGAGAGGAAGAAGGCGGUGACCCGGUCCACCAAGGCCGGCCUCCAGUUCCCCGUCGGCCGCAUCGGGCGCUUCCUCAAGAAGGGCCGCUACGCGCAGCGCGUCGGCUCCGGCGCCCCCGUCUACCUCGCCGCCGUCCUCGAGUACCUCGCCGCCGAGGUGCUGGAGCUCGCCGGCAACGCCGCCAAGGACAACAAGAAGACACGCAUCGUGCCGCGCCACCUGCUCCUCGCCAUCCGCAACGACCAGGAGCUCGGCAAGCUGCUCGCCGGCGUCACCAUCGCGCACGGCGGCGUGAUCCCCAACAUCAACCCCGUGCUGCUCCCCAAGAAGGCCCUCGAGAAGGCCGAGAAGGAGUCCCAGUCGCCCAAGUCGCCCAAGAGGAAGGCCCCCGCCCCCGCACCCGCCGCCAAGAAGACCCCCAAGAAGAAGGCCGCCGACAAGAAGACCGCCGCCGCUGACAAGAAGACCGCCGCCGCCGACAAGAAGGCUGCCGCCGACGCCGAGGAGGAGGCCGCCGCCGACGAGUAGACAGGGCCAAGUUGCGUCGCGUAGUUCUGCAUCUGAGAGGGGAGAGAAAGAGAGAGAGCAUGGGAUCCUGUAUGUAAUGCCUGGUCUGGAGUCCGAACUGGUGGUAGUCUGUAGCGUCGAUUGAUCUUGAAUCACUGCUGAAUUGAAGCUGGAAACUUGAUCGUUUAGCCAAUUCCAAUCUUUUCCGUGUCAA